AUGUAUCCUCAACCGGGGGCUCCGAUGCCUCCUCCGCAGAAACCGGAAACUUUCAUGCUAUCACAGGAAGCGCAGCAGAGCCUGCCGCAUGAUGCGCAAGUCGCGUUGCAGCAAGUGGAUAACCUGAAAUAUUUCCUUUUGUCGGCUCCCGUCGACUGGCAACCGGACCAGCUCAUUCGCCGUUUUCUCCUCCCCACGGGCGACUAUGUUUCCUGUGUUCUCUGGAGCAACCUAUUCCACAUUUCGGGUACCGACAUCGUGCGCUGUCUUGCUUUCCGAUUCCAGGCGUUUGGUCGUCCCGUGAAGAACUCUAAGAAGUUCGAGGAGGGCAUCUUCUCCGAUCUGCGGAAUCUCAAGGCCGGCACCGAUGCCACUCUCGAAGAACCCAAGAGCGCAUUCCUAGAUUUCCUGUACAAAAACAACUGCAUUCGCACCCAGAAGAAGCAGAAAGUGUUCUACUGGUACAGCGUGCCCCACGAUCGACUCUUCCUAGAUGCGCUCGAACGAGACCUGAAGCGUGAGAAGAUGGGCCAGGAAGCGACCACAGUUGCCGUCAGCGAGCCCGCAAUGUCGUUCGAAUUCGACUCAUCCCAGUCCCUCUACGAGCAGUUGACAAAGGCGCAACAAGCGAAUUCUUCCUCCUUCGCUGCCCACGCAAGUACGACAUAUGGCCAGCCCAGUUCCCCCGUGGUUCGGACCGUUGACGCAAUGCCUCCUCCCCAGAUGGCUCCCCCAGCGAUCCCGCUGCUCCAGGACGAAUCGGGCCACCCGACGAUGUACAGCGCGCCACAAGUGCCCCUGACGAACAACCUAGUCCAAGGUAUCAUUAAGCGUGAGCAGGAUUACGGCCCCAUCCACUACGAUCGCAACGGAAUGCCUGUCGCCCGCAUCCACCAGCGCCAUUCGUCCAUGCCGAACUUCUACGAGUACUCGCCCGCGCCCUCCUUUGUCUCUUCGCAGUACGAGGAUUACAGCAACCGCGGCCUAUCCUUUGAACCGGUGACUCCCCCGCAGCACUCGGUCGGACUCAGUGCUGAGCCUGCGUACAUCGCGAACGAGGACACCGGCUUGUACACUGCGAUUCCGGACCUGUCGAAUGCGCCCUCGUACAAUCCCAUGAUGCAGCUGCCUCCGUCGAACUUCGCCAGUGGUCACUACCCGUCUGCUUCGCGGUCUUUCUCGUCCAACGCGUACUCCGUUAUCGAGGGCUCCCCGACCUACAAGCAGCGCAGGCGCCGUCCGUCCGUCACUCCGGGUGCUUCAAGCAUGCCGGGGACUGCCAACGGCUCUGCUCAUGGUACCCCGGCUCCGCAACCGCCCACUUAUGCUGCUCACCGACCCAGUGACCUCCGUCGAUCGGUUUCGAGCUCCGUGGCUCCGGUGGCUGAGGGGGAAGAGGUCGCUCAUGAGUACUCUCGGGCCUACCCUUCGAUGCUCCCGCAAAAGGACCUGCUUCAGGAGAUCUCGCGUCACGGGACCCCGCUGCAGAACUUGGAGGAGACCGUUGAUCAGCACCAAGUGCCACUGAGCAACCAAGCGGACAACUUGGCAGCGCUCCCCACCAGCGCCGCACUGGAGACUACGGUUCAAAACAGCACUAGUCGGUCGGAUCGGGCAGGCCCUGGUCCUGCCCGUCGGGCUCGAAGUGCGACCAUGAUGGAGCUGGGACCGUACCCUCAAAAGUCUCACUCAUGCCCAAUCCCAUCCUGUGGCAGACUCUUCAAGAGAUUAGAACACCUUAAGAGGCACGUGAGGACCCAUACUCAGGAGCGACCAUACCCCUGCCCCUACUGCAGCAAAGCCUUUUCGCGUUCCGACAACCUCGCACAACACCGUCGUAUCCACGAAGCCCAGCACGAUGGCCAACCUGCCUUGACAGCUGAGGAGGACAUAGAGAAUGACGCCAACGACUUUGAUUCUCAAGGCGAAGACUCGUCUCCGCCCGCGCAUCCCGAACACAUGGUCAACAUGCCGCCGAUGACUACGAUGGCUACCACAAUGAGUAUUCCAUCUGCCAUGCCGAACAUGGUUGCGUCCCACAUGAUCGCUCCUCAGAUGCUCCAGCAGCAGAUGUGA